AUGUCCCACAUUCCACCCGGCCUAUCCCUACACGAUGCCUUCUUCCUCCUUCCCCCCGAGAUUCGCGCCGUUGUCACCCACUGGUUCACCAAUACUCCCUUCACCCAGUCCGACCUCACUCGUAUGGUCCGCAUAAACAAGUACCACUACGCCCACUUUAUUCCUGAGCUUUACAACACCAUCUCACUCGAUCGGCAAAACUGCGAGACGUUCUUCUACCCCUUGAUCAAUGAUACUCAUGAUCCUCGAGAAGCCCAGAAACCCGAGGGUCAAAAGCUAUGGAGGCCCUCCCUUGCCCAAGAUCGCCACAGAUAUAGUCUGACAGAGGAGUGGUCGAGAGUGAAUCACGGCGUGACUUUCAUCUCCAACGCCGCUGUUUGA